CGCUGACGACUUAACGAUUAUCAUGGAUGGAUCUGAGCUAUCUCUAAAUAAAUGUAUGGAUACCUUUGAGGACUUCGAAACAGCAUCUGGGCUGAAAUUGAACCGGCAUAAGUCACAAGCUCUAUGGUUGGGUAGGAACGGGCAUUUAAGAAAGCCGAUUUGCACGCAAUUUAAUAUCCAGUGGCCAACGACACCCAUUAAUGUAUUGGGCGUGAAGGUAUCUAACAACCCGAAUAUUAACAUUUCAGAAAUAAAUUAUAAUGAGAAAUUUGUCAUAAUGAAGGAUAAACUAGCGCCAUGGAUAGGUCGCGGUCUUACUCCAUACGGGCGCGUUCACCUUUUGAAAACCGAAUUGAUAUCUCAGCUGGUGUAUGUUAUGACAGUGCUUCCAGCUCCUCCAAAACCAUUUAUAAAAGAAGUAGAAAAGCUCAUGUUCAAAUUCAUAUGGGGCGGAAAGAAAGAUAAAGUCAAACGUAUGACAUUAAAAAGUAAAUAUAAAGGUGGCGGCCUAAAGGUGCCAGACUUAGCACUUCAGGCACAGAGUUUAAAGGUUACCUGGAAGGGCCUGGUGACCCCAAUGCUUUUUCUAAAUGACGACAUAACGCUGUUUCACUGCAAUACAAAUGCAAAGUACAUAAAAAACACGGUAAAGAAUACUUUUUGGGAGGAAACGUGCAUUGCAUGGAAUAACAUUAACGGAGCUAAUCUUAGUGCCACAGAUCAAUUGCAAAAUAGCAUAUUAUGGGCGAACAAAGAUUUGAACAUAGAAAGCAAUGCCAAUAUCAACAGGAAACAUUUAAUAGAAAAAGGUAUCAUUAGACUAGCAGAUAUAUGUAACUUACGAAAGAAAGAAUUAAUGACAGUUAAUGAAAUUUCACAAAAAUUUGGUGUGCACCCAAUGGUUUCAGCGGCAAUAAAAAACGCAGUGCCAACCGCUUGGAGCAAUAAAAUACGAAACCUUCAGAGAAGUGUCAAUGCAACAUCUAUAGAACAGUUGCAAAAUUCAUCUAAACCAGCAAGAUGGGCAUACUCCAAGUUAUUAGAACAAGUAUUAGAUACUACUCGGGGUGAAAAAUCGCACACAAAGUGGGAAGCAGAGCUUGAAGGUGGAAGGCGGCUGAAUUGGCCUGCUAUUUACGCACGAUUGCAUUACGCUGUUGAAGAUGUUAAUCUAAAAUGGUUGAAUUACAGAUGCAUAAAAAGAAUUUUACCAACAAACAAACUUCUUUUUACUUGUAACAUCAAAGAUACGGAUCGAUGUACGUACUGUCACCAGGUGGAAACAAUUGGACAUUUAUUCUGGCAUUGCCACCGAGUAAGGGCUUUUUGGAGCAGUAUUGGUGAGUUAUUUAACGAGCGCAAUAUUACAUACAAAGUCGUAGUCACCGGUUUUGAGCACAACGAUUCCGCGGUCUGCAAGCGCAUCAAUACUAUUCUUUCAUUGGGAAAACAGUUUAUAUGGUAUAAGAGGGAAUGCAAUAGUCACUUAUCUGAGCCCACAUUCGUCACUUACCUGUACAACUAUCUUAAAGUAGAAAGGUAUGCUUAUAAAAUAAAUGAUCGAGAAACGAAAUUCAACGAUACCUGGGGCUCGCUGUUUUGCGCUUUAGCGGAGCGUGUAGAAAGGUAACCGCCUUAGAAUAUGAAACAAGCACUUUGUGACUAAUUAUUGUUGUGUGUCACGAUGUUUGCGUAGUGCAA